GAGUUGUGUACGCACAUUAUCGUCACUUUUUGAUAGUUUCUUGUUCUACCUCUUUUACCGGGGUUUUUCCCUCUCCCUGUUGUAGUUCUUGAACUUUGGGCGUCCUUUUGGAUUUGCAGCUGUCCGUCUUGGUCAGGGAGGGGAGAAGAGCAAACGUACACGCUGGGCUGAUCGAGGACGCAGGCACACGAUCUUUUCUCCUUGUGCUAUUGUUUGCUUCCAGUGUUGCGUAGGAGUCUCCUGGCGCAUCGAACCACAAUCACACACACUCAUACACACAUACGUUUAUAUAUAUAUAUAUAUAUACCUCCACAAGCCGUUGUGAUCUUUAUCUAUUCUCCAUCCUGUCCCCCAGCUGGCAUUGCUGACGAAACCGUAUUUUGCGUCUCUCUAUCUCUAUAUACCACUCCCACUUACACGUCUCUGUUCGCGUUGCACGCACACCGACGAAUAAGAAACGAAGCGCACAAUGAACUUUACACAGCAGCUGUGGUCGGUGAAGGAGUGGGGCCGCGUGAUGGCGACCGGUAGCGAGUACGUCUCCAUCGUGCACGAGGCGACGAACGAGGAGAAGUGGGGCCCCACUGGUGCGCAGAUGGAGGCGGUCUGCAACGCCUACUCUCGCGGCGGACAGGAGAUCUUGAACGAGCUGCGCAGUCGCCUAAACAACCGCGACAAAGCCUGGCGUCCGUGCUACAAAUCGCUGCUCGUGUUGGACUACCUCGCGCGCAACGUGGCAGACCGCUACCUGCCGGAGAUCUGCGCCAUCGUGCCGCUGCUGCGCACCAUCUCCACCAGCUUCUACUACACAAACCCGAAAGGCGUCGACCACGGCGUGUCGGUGCGCGAGCGGGCCCGGAAGCUGGCGGAGCUCCUCAGCGACGGUCUUCAGCUGCGCGAGGAGCGGGCGACGGCGGCGCAGACGCGCGAGAAACUGGCGCACAACGCCAGCGAAGGCGGCGGCCCGCAGAACUACGGGGCUUAUGGCGGGGCGGGCGGCGCGUACGGUGGCGGGUACGGUGGCGGGUACAACGGCGAGUACGGCGGUGGCGGCCGCAGCCGUCGUGACACCGGUGGUCGCGACUACGGCGGUGGCUACGACGCCUACCCCCCGUCGCCGGCGCACACGUACGCCCAGGCCGCAGCGUCGUCGCGACCGCGCUCGAAGGAGGAGCAGGAGCGCUACGAUAUGGAGAUGGCCCUGCGCAUGCAGCGCGACGAGGAGCGGCGUGCCGGCGUGUCGGCCGAGCAGCUGGAGGAAAUGUACGCGAGUAAGGUGCGGCAGAAGAAGAGCGACGAUCAGCGCCGGCGUGCGAUGGCGGCCGACGAUGACGAGGCGCUGGCCAGACGCCUGCAAGAUGAAGAGGACCAACGCUCUCGACGCGAGGGGCGCGCCCUGCCGACGCUGCGAUCCGACAGCCAGCCGGUGA